AUGAUGUUGGUUAAUGAUACAACUCUUUCUCCAAUAUUCAGAGCAUUUUAUGAAUGUAUAAAACCGAAGUUGGUACCUUUGAAAGGAAGACCAGAAAGUUUCUGGUAUCAUUUUACGGAAAUAACAUCUGAAUGUGACAACCUGGAAGCAUACACUGCCCUAGAUAUUCGUCCAUCAAAAAACAGAGAUGAAAUCAAGUAUGUAGUAUUUCCGCAGAGAAAUGAAAAUUUGACGAUGGUCACUCUUGGAAUCGGACAUGAUGUUAGCGCUGAAAUCGGAUUGAAAAAUUUGUAUCCUCAUAUUGAAUUUUAUGGUGCUGAUCCAAGUAUCGAAAUAAACAAAGACUUGUAUGAGCAGAAUUUGGGCGGAAAGUACUUUCACUAUGCUGUCAGUGAUAAGAAUGGAAUGGAAGAUUCUGUAGUUUUAGGAAAUGAUGGAUACAAUAAAGAGAGAACUCAACACAUUGGAAUCGACAAUUUCUUCAAAAACAUAGUUCAAAUAAGUAGAAUUGACAUUCUUUGGAUUGACAUUGAGGGAAAUGAAUAUCCAAUACUAAAACAGCUUCAUACAGAUGGGAAUCUCGAUCGACAAGGUGUGAAAAUAUGUCAGAUGAAUGUAGAAAUGCACAAGGAUUUAACAAAUUUGAAUGAGAUGAAGAACUUCCAUGAUUUCAUUUGGAAAGUUUUAGAAGAUAGAAGAUAUGUCUUUAUGAAACCAGUUUUUGUGAAAUGGAUGCACUUCCGCUUUAUUCGACUUUUUAUUGUUAAUAUUUCUGACCAGGACUGUACUGAUUUGUAUGUGAAAGGAGUGUAA